AUGGGACUGACUCGCCAUCUCUCAAAACUCAGGUGGGACAGCUCAGACCCAGACAGAGCUCCUCCACCAUUGCCUAUCCCGCCCAACUCGCCUGGCCUGGCCACACGGUCCACUGCUUCGGCUAACAUCCAGGCCACCGCUCAGAGACUGACUGAGCGUGCCCGCGAGAGCAUGCCCGCCAGCGCUUACACCACAAACCCUCCGCCAUCCACUUCUCCCGACAAGUCGUUGAUCAAGGGUGCUCACCAUCGCCGCCUACAAUCUCUCCAGACAGGAAGUGUCCGUGAUUUGCGCAGUUACCUUGAUGGCAUGCGCAACACUUCUCCCGAGAGACCCACCUCUAGAUCCACCGCCAACUCUCAAGGCUCACCUACUCGCCCUACCGAAGCCGACUACUUCUCCAGUCCUCCUCAGGAUCACUCCACCCCCACACCUGCCGACAGGAAUGCCCUCAGAGAUGCGCCCAACCUUCGCCCAGCCUCUCGUCCCAGAGCUAUCCUCGGCGAGAACACUCCUCCCUCGGCCACCAUGCUUGCUCUACAAACCAUGGCCGCCCGCGACGCCGAGUCUUCAUUCAACGACAUCACGAAUUCCACUUCCUCUCGCGAACCCAAGACGUUGAACGAGAUGAUGGCACAACUUACGAAUAUUACGAACAUCACGUCUGGCAUGCAGAAAGAGAUGGCCCAGCUGAACCGUCGCAGCAAAGACAACGCUGCUGACUUGAUUGGUCUGAAGCAGGCUGCUGACAGCCGUGACGAAGAAAUCCGCAGGAACUUGCGCGACUUGCUCUCCAACGUGAGCGCUUCUGACGCCGGCUCUGUCUUUGGCGGCAGAUCAUCUGCCUUUGGUCUAGGCCUUCUCGAGAACAAAGGUCUGACCUCACCACCCGCUGGUGGAAGACCGUUUGGUUCUCUUCCUCGCUCCAACAGUCACGGUAGUUUCCUUGAUCCUGGUAGUCCUAACCCUUUCUCCAUGGAUGGUGCCGCUAGUGUUGCUAUGCUGGAGAAGAUCAUUCGCGAGAUGGUCACCAAGGAUGGCCAGGACCGUCUUCUAUCGACCUUGUCAGAACUGCUCGACAAACACAGCAGGGAUAACGUCCAGGCUAUCGAAACCGCUCAAAAGGUAGCCGACCUUUCUGACUUCAUCAAGGAAAAGUCUGGUAGUCAUGCUCUCGUCCGUCAUUCAUCCGACGCUCAAGAUGACGAACAAAAGUCAAAGGCUAUUGAUGCCAUGAGCGCUGACAUCCUCAGACUUCUUCACAAGAUCAAGGACAGCACCUCUCAGAGCGGUGGCUUGAGUAACGAGAUAAAGGCACUCCUACAGAACCUUCGUGGUGAAGUCUUGGGCAUGGGUCGUGAGCUCGGUCGCCAGCUCGACCAGGCCAAUUCUACUGCCAGAGUUGCCGAAGAUGGUUCACAGAUCAAGACUGAUGUCGAAGAGAUUGUCAACCAAGGUCUUUCUCAGCUGAGAGAGCAUAUGGAGCACAUCAUCCAGCAAAACUCACAACAGCUCAUCAUGUCCAAUCAUCAAGACGAAAACAAGAACAAAGACAUGUACGACAUCGUUAAGAGUGCCAUCACCGAGCACAGCACGGCCCUCGUUCAGGCUCAGCCUCAAUCAGAAGGCCUCGAUAGGGCAAGCAUUCUCGAGGCAGUCAAGGAUGCCAUCGAAGAGUUCAGACCGGAGAUCGAGCUCCAGCAAUUCGGUCUUGAACGUGAUGAGAUUCUUUCUGUUCUAAAGGAAGGUUUGCAGGACUACCGAUCAAACAAGGAGCCAACUGCGGCCUCGGGUGCCAACAUCGAGGAGGUCGAAUCCGCGAUGCAACGUGCUCUCCAAGAGUUCAACCCUCCCAGAUCGACCGAUGAAAUGGUAUCUUUCAAGGAAGACUUGCUGGCAUCAAUCCGUCAAUCCAUUGAAGAACUAAAGUCUGCUGGUCCAGACAAUGCUGCCACUCAUGCGAUUGUUCUUGGAGCAGUCAGGGAAGGUCUGGAGAACCAUGGACCCAACGCUCCUCGCGAGUUCGACAUCAGCAGAGACGAUCUCUUCGAUGCCGUCAAGGCCAGUCUUGAUGGAUCAACUCUUCCUUUCGGCAGCUUCGGCGAGCAAGUCUUGGACCAACUGCGCAACCUCAUAGAAGAGAUGAAGACCGAAUUCAAGCAGUACUCUGCUGCCAACGGUCGUGAUACCGAGCAAGUCCUGGAUGCCAUUAAGGAUGGUCUCGAGUCUUUGCGCCAUGAGGUCGAGUCGUACGUCGACCGUGCUCAGGAUGUCACUGGCAAGGAUGAGAUUGUUGAUGUCGUCAGAAGUGGUCUUGAACAACUUCGCGGUGAUGUCCAAGGCUACUGCGCCGAGGGCCCAUCUAACGGUCGCAACGAGAUGAUUGACUAUAUCAAAGCUGAGUUCGAGCAUCUGCAUGAGGCAGUCAGCGGUCUUGGUUCCCGUGAUGGCGAAGAAGGUCGCCCUUCGAGUACUUCUGAAAUCCUCAUUGCUGUUGCCAGCAGCGGCUCAGGCGUCAAUACUGCUCUUCUGGAAGCUAUUCAAGGCGAGUUCCAACAAAUUCGUCAUUCUUUGGGUACAGGCGGCUCUCGCGCCGACACAGAAGAGGUCCUCGACGCUGUCAGACUCGGUCUGGAUGAUCUUCAGUCCUCCCUUGAGAAGAAGAUCGACAACCCUGAGAUGCAUAGAAACCUCAACAACGAGCUCAUGGACACUCUCAAUGAAGGUCUGGACAAUAUGCGUUCCGACGUUUCCAGAAUCAUGGACAAGCCUGUGGACAUGACCGUCAACUACGAGAUCCUCGAGACUCUGAAGGAAGGCGUUGCUAGCCUCCGAGCUGACUUGGAGAAGCUGACUGGUGGCGAGCGUUCUUCCUCGGCUCUGGGCAGCGAGCUCAUUCUUGCCGAUGCUCCUGGAGAGGAAGGAUCUAGAGAGUUGAGCGAAGACGACAAAGCCGCUCAUCCCGCCAGUCUCAAGGACAGAAUGGAAGCUCUGUUUGCUCAAUUGCACAUCAAGGUCGAGGGCUUGGCUGCCAGUAUCGGCGACAUGCCUGCCACGUCGGCAGCUCCUGCUGAGGGACUUGCCUUGAAGGAAGAUCUGUCUGGCAUGGAGGAGACUCUCCGCCAGAUCCAAGACACUCUCUUGGUCGUGGCCGAGAAGGAAAGGGUCGAGGUUGACAACGCUGUCACCAAGGAAGACACUGACGCUAUUGAGACUCUGCUACGCAAUACCAAGGCGCAGCUCGAAGAGCUUCCCGCUACGACCGCUAGUAGAGAGCAGUUGGACGAAGUUGAGGCAGUCGUUCGCAGUGCCAGAGAAGCCAUCGAUGGCCUUGCCACCAAGGAGGAUGUUGCUGUCGUCGAGAUCCUACUCAAAGACCUCUUCACUGCUUUCGAGGACUCCAAAUCCAAGGCUCCCGGAGAGGACGAAGAGGAAGAGUCAGCUUCUCACCUGGACAAGGCAGACUUGGAUGCUCUCGGCAUGCUCUGCACUGAGAUCAAGGAGAAGAUCUUGGAGCUCAACCUGCCUGACCCCGAGGCACUCCCUUCCAAGGCCGAUGUUGAACAAAUCACUGGCCUCAUCAACGACUUCCGUGAGAGUCAUGACAAGGUCAGAGAGGGCUACGAGAAUGACAUUGCUAUCACUGCCAAGGCUUUCGACGACCGCAGAAAGGAGGCUGAAGAGAUGGCCGAAGCUAUCUCUGGUGUCAAGACUUUCUUGGAGGAAGUCAAGGCCGAGAUCCUCGCCAAGGUUGAGGAAGGUGCACCUGGAAUGGCCGACAUCGAAGAAGCCAUCAAGUCAAUCGAUGACAAGGUCGCCGGCGAUGAAGGUAUUGGAGCCGACAUCAAGGAGCUCUUGGAGACUAUCAAGAACGAGUUUGAACGUUCUCACGAAUCUCUGGGUGGCAUCAAGAUUGACCACGAGCAGAACAGCUCUACUUUGCUCGAGAAGCACGCCGAACACAAGGAUGCUAUCGUGGCUGCUGUCACUGAAAAGGUCGACUCUUGCUUCGAUGGUAUGAUGAGCAAAUACGAUGAUGCUCAAGCCGCAGCACAUGAGAAGGUCAAGUCCAUGGAAGAGCAAGUUGGACAGCAGAAAGAAAUGUUGAACAGCACAAAGGAGAUGACUGAUGAGCUGAAGCUCUCUAUCGACACUCUAGGAACUUCUCUGACAGCAUUUAUCCCUUCCUUCAACGAGGCAACCGAGAAGAUCUCCGAAGACUCAAAGACUGUCUUCGAGAAGGUUGAGGGCGCUAUGCUCAAGAUGGAUGAGCACAACGAUGGCUUGAAGACCGAGCAUCAGACCACCCGUGAUGAGAUCGUCAAGGUCGUCGAGGCUGUCGCUCUUCUCCAAGGCGAGUCCAACGAGUACAACCCUCAAUUCUCAAUGUCGCUCAAGGAGCUUAACGCUCUGGUCAGUGCUCACUACGAGUACUCUCAACAACUUGCUGCGACUGCUGAGGAGCAGGCCAAGACCGGUGCUCUUCCUGCUUUGUUGCCUGCGCCUGUUGAGCCUGUUGAGAAGUACGAUGAUACCGCUGUCCACGAGAAGCUUGACAGGCUUGUCAAUGAUACCGCUGUCCACGAAAAGCUCGAUACUCUCGUCAACCUGGCCGGUGAAGCUGGUGCAGCUACAGCUCAGAUGGAACGCCUGGAUGAAAUUCAUGCUCAGGUCAAGGCUACCGCUGCCGAAGUUUCCGCUUUCGUUGCUAUCCAGCAGAAGCAGAUCACCGACGGUCAAGAGAGCAAGGAACGUGAGGCUGAGGAGCUCGCUCUUCUCCUUGAGCGCCGUCAAGUUCAGAAGGACAACAUCGAGUCAGACAUUUCUUCGCUCAGCGAAGAGAAGGAAAGCCUCCAGGCUAUUGUCGAGGCUCUUCGUGCCGAGAAGGAUGCUUUGGCCGCGCAGAAGGCUCGCCUCAAUGGUGAUGUCUCUGCUCUCCACACUGCUUUGGACAUCAGACGCGAGGAGUUGCACGUCAUGGAUGAGAAGGCUGAUGCUUUGGAACGUCGCAUUCUCGAGGGCUUGAUUGACCACUCUCGUGCCAUGCUUCUUACCCAGAAGACACCUAAGACGUCUCCCAAGAAGAAGCUCAUGCGCGACCUGCGCCUGCCCAGUGAUGCUUCGACCACACAGCUUCCUGCCCCAACCACACCCAGCCUUCUGCAGAGCCAUGCGCUGGCCAUGAAGACUCGUGGUAUGCCCAAGAAGACUGGUACCACUCCCAACACCGGCGAACGCCGCAUCAUGUCGCUCAGCCAGAUCAGCCGCAACUUGCCAUCUGGCGCUGCUGCAUAUGCUGCUCCUACUCCCAGCCUGGUUUCGGCUCAGGGCGCGAUCAAUCGCAGCCAGUCUCUCAAGAAUAACAAGCUCCGCAAGAUCUCCUGGGGCACUGCUCGUGCUGCGGCUGACAAGGAAAAUGACAUCGAAGAAGUUACUGAGAUUGACAGCAACUACGGCGGAUCUCGUCCUGUGAGCAGAGAUUCUGAGUACCGUCCUCAGAGCCGUGACUAUGACUCUCGCCCCGUCAGCCGUGACAGUCUCGAUUCUUCGUACUACAACAGCAGCAGACGCAGUGUUAGCUACGCUGGAAGCCAGAGUGCUUGGACUGAGUCGCAGUCUGGCAUGACCGACGACGGCUGCCGCACAAGCUUGGGCACGCUGGGCACCUAUGAGACUGGCAGCUACAUGACUGGCAGCGAUAUUGACCGCCGCACCAGCAUCGGCAGCACCAUCCGCAGCACCAUGGAUCGCUCUGUCAUCCACGAAGAGGACUACGACAGCGAUCUUGACAGCGAGCGUUACGUUGAGCCUCUUGAAACUCCUGCUUUGGCUGUUGAUACUGCUGUCGCCAAGGAUGUUGGUCAAUAUGCUCCUCCUAGCGAUUCUGGCAUUGGCUCUGAUCUCCCUACUGGUGCUCUGCAGGGCAAUGGCGAUUACUUCGCUGGCGCUGUGGUGCCUGCUACUGUGGACGAGGACAGAGCUACUUGA